AUGGCUUCUGUCGACUCGAAAUCUUCCAAGAAGGACGACGGGGAAGGUGACAUUAUGCAUGACGAUUUGAUCGACGACGAGGAACCCGAGGAGUUCACCUCGGGGCUGAACCCUGCUCAACAAGAAUACCUCGCGCAUCAGCAGCAACUGGAACAUUUUCUAUCACCACUGUUCUUGGAUGAGGCCAAGCUGUACAAACUGGCCCGUCGUUUUUCGACCACAUACCGCAACUUGGCCCUAACAUCGAACCAGCAAUUUUUGCCGACACCCGUAACUCAGCUUCCUACUGGUCGGGAAACUGGUCGUUAUCUAGCGAUCGAUGUAGGAGGAAGCAAUCUCCGGGUUGCUUUUAUCGAGUUGCUUGGAGACGCCGUGGAUUCUGAUGUUCGUCCUACGGAUGCCACGGAGAGGUCACGAGACACGAUCCGGAAGGCUCAGCGUCAACGGGUGAAGCGUACGCUGGAACGGGCCUGGCCUAUUCAAGAGCAUUUGAAAAUGGACAAGGCGGAGGAUCUCUUUUCCUGGAUUGGUGAUUGCAUUGCCGAGGUGGUAGCGGAAAGCCUAUCAUCGGAUGCCACUAAGAAAGAUAUUCCAGCCGAAUUAGAUAUGGGAAUCACAUUCAGUUUCCCCAUCAUGCAAGAAUCAUUGGCAAAAGCCACACUGAUGCCCAUGGGUAAAGGCUUUACCAUCUCAUCUAAUCUGAAUCUCGGUGAGAUCCUUCUGAAUGGAUAUGAAAAACACACAAGACGACCCGAUGAUGAAGACGAACCCUCGUCCAAACGCCGAAAGCUCUUUGCAUUGCCAAAACUGAAAAUACAAGCAAUCACCAACGACACGGUAGCCACGCUAGCUUCCCUUGCAUACAAGGUCAAGUCCUUACCGAACAGCAGAGUCGCCAUGGGUAUCAUUGUGGGUACUGGCUGCAAUGCCACCAUUCCAAUGAAGCUUAGUGCAUUGCACGAAUCAAAAGCCAAGAGCGUCAACACAAUGGAGCCCAACGCUGUGGAAACCAUCGUCAACACUGAAUGGACUAUUUCAGGUGCUGCGCCGCCACUACAAGAGCUCAGGGUAACCACAAAAUGGGACAUUGAAUUAGACCAGGCCUGUCCGCGCCCUGGCUUCCAGCCCUUUGAAUACAUGACUGGCGGCCGCUACAUCGGUGAACUGAUUCGCUUGAUCCUGUUCGACUAUCUCACAACAGUGGCCAAUCUAUCGAAACGCUCACUACCCGCAAACCUCAUCCAAGAAUAUGCCCUGACAACAACAUACAUCUCCGACACGGUCGCCAAAGCGCGAUCCGACAACGACCUCGCCAUAUCACUGAACGAAUCCCUCCCUGCUCCCGAAAGCAGCGACUGGCGUUGGGAUUACCGAACCGCGGGCGCAUUCCGAAAGAUUGCUCGUACAGUACAGAGACGAUCAGCUGGACUGAUCGCUGCUGCGGUGGUUGGGCUUUUAUCUUGUGCCCGCGAGAUCGAGCUCAAGGAGGACAGCAACAGCAGCUCUCCCGAGAACCCGGCUUCACCCCAAAGCAACGGCGAUGCUAUCGCCGAUUUCGUUGGUACUCCCGAUGCUGCUGCUGCAAGCCUGAAUUAUACUGCUGCCGCCAUCAGCCACGCAGCCCAAGAGCAUGUUGUUCCUGUCCUCGAUCCUACGCCUAUAGAUUGGCAGUCCGGCCCUGAAGAGCUGGUUGUAGCCUACACCGGUGGCAUUAUCCAGCAUUAUCCGCAAUUCAAGGAGAUGUGCCAGCAAUACCUCGACCGUCUCAUCAUGCGGACUGGUCCCCAAAGAGGUGGAAAGUCGGUCUUCUUACGAGAAGCUUCUGAUGGCGGUGUCAUUGGUGCUGGUGUUUUGGCUGGCAUGGUCGUUCGCAAAUAA